AUGGCUACUCCACAAUCUCCAAAGCCCAUCUACAACAACCCCGGUCGUCCUCGUCGCGACAGCUGCCGGCCCAUGGGAGCGUCGCUGUCGAGGUCGUCGUCUUACCUCAAUGCUGCUCGUGUCGCUGCUCCCAAGGACGGAGAUGCCUUCAGCUACAACCCGGCCCACCUGCGCCAUUGGUAUUGCCCGCAAGAACUCUGGGAUCGCCUUCCCGAGCAAGUCCAAUCCAGCCUGGCCGCUCUUCAACACGCUGGCGCUGCUGUUUUGACUGGUUUCGAGCGACUCGACAAGCACCUGGAGAGCUCCGACGACAGUGAUGUCGACGGCAAACCUGCCGCUGACGACUCGCUGGCUCAGCUCGAUCAGCUUCCAUCGCCAAGGUUUCGCACAAUAAGCAAUGCCAGCAGCGUCUUCCAGUCGGACUCGUCUACGCCUCUCACCAGUGCCUCAUCCACCUCUCAAUCUGGAAGCGCGUCGCCUGUGGAAUCAUCGCUCCCGGCCUCUCAUCUCUUAUGUCCUGGCUCCCCCAUCUCGCUCCCGACCUCUGAGCGUUCUCGUUCGCGCGAGCGAUCCUUCUCGACGCCGCUCAAGUCACAUGAUGCCUAUUAUGCGGCAGAGCUAUCGCAUCUGCGCACCGAGGCUCUUCCCCGUCUCCGGCACAAGACUUACAAAGUGGACUCUGCAUGGUCCGAGGCCAAGCCUCACAUGCACGCAGACGACAUCAAUGCCUUUGAGAACUGGUUGGCGGAAAAGAAGUGCGCGAUAUUGAGUCUCAGUGAGAGGGGCAAGCGCCUUGCAAAGGCUGUGGGUAUUGCCGACACUGGGCUCGGGUGGUGUGCUCCGUAG